AAUGCUGUGGAAACACUUGAAGAAUGAUGAGCUCCAAAGAGGAAGAAACUCUCCGUUUUUUCCAGUAUGUUGAGGAGAAUGGGCUGAGAGCCUACAACGGCCUGGUAGCUCAGAACUUGGACCACGCCAGGAAUGAGAGAAAUAGGACAUUCUUGCAGGAAAAAAACGACAAGAAGAGAAAACAGGAGGAAGCCAUAAGGAGGACGGGUGAGGACAUAGCAACUGAAGGCAAGCACUUACGUAUGGGCUCCAUUACCAUGCCGGACCCCCAGGAACGUAUGCCAAUGCCCCACCCGCAUGCCCUCGCCUGUGGGCAGGGCUUCUCUGUACGCUCCCAGUCCCUUCACUCUGUCGGCGGUGGGAACAGUGGGGGCGGAGGAGACGAGGAAGUGGGAAGCCCGACCUCUAGGAAGCAGCCCCCACCCAAGCCCAGGAGGGACCCGGCCACCAAGCUGAGCAUGUCAUCUGAGGCGGUGGACCACAGUCCUGUAUCCACCUGCCGUGGGGAGAGAUGUGACGCAGCUCAAGGAUGCAGUGAGGACUGCAGGAGGGUGCCGCCACCCAAACCUAAGAGGAACCCCAACACACAACUGAGUGUUUCCUUCGAUGAGUCCUACAUCAAGAGCCACGGAGGGGGUGGGGUUUGCCACUCCAAACCCCUCCACCAUGUCACUUCCCCCUGCGAACGCAACCCCUCGCCACCACAGAGUGAUGAGAGCCCUACAGACGACUGUGAAGAUGAACCUGUCUACAUAGAGAUGGGCGGGAUUGAUGUCGGAUCACGAGAACCCCUGAAGAGUGAGGACGAGGAGCCAGGAGAGUCUGUGUACGAGGAGAUGAAGUACCCAGCUCUGGAUGAUAUGGAGUACCGCACUGACCCUGUGGGUUGUCGCUCCGCAUGCCCCACCCCGGCACCCUAUGACCCUGAACCUCUCAGUCGCUGCUCCACACCUCGAAACAUUCCCCUCUGUGACAUUCCUGCACCCUUUCCCAAUUUGCUAACCCAUCGGCCUCCGCUGCUGGUCUUCCCACCGGCGCCAGCCCAGUGCUCGCCCAACUCAGACGAGUCUCCCCUCACCCCUCUAGAUGUAACCAAAUUGCCCAUGCUGGAGAACCAGUCCUACAGCAAAUCCCCAACAUCCUCCACCGAGCCACCCUCAUCUGCACACAUCCGCAGGGAGCUCACUGCCACCCCAACCCUCACUGUAUCUGGCCGCUCCUCUGCGCCCCCUCUACCCUGCACCCUCUACAAAUCCUCCUCCUCAUCCUCCUAUCAGCGCAGCCACUCUGCUUGUCCAUCGCCGGUCAGCAUGGGCCGCUGCCUCACCCCUCUCAGCCUCAUGCGUACGCCUCCCUUUGACGCUUCUAUGCCAUUCCCCGGAGGUCUGCCGCGGAGCGCCUCUGCCACCCCUCACGGCAAAGGCUCACCACCUCAAGACGGUGUGGGUCGACUUCAUGGCUCUAUGCAGAAUGUGUCAACAGGGCGUUCACGGACACCCACCAGCCCGCUAGAUGAACUAACCAACCUGUUCACCACAGGCAGGAACAUGCUGAAGAAAAAUGCCAGUGGCAGGAAGUCUAAAGAGCCUGGAGAGACGGAUUCCAAAAGCAAGUCUCACAGUGAUUCCAAGCGUGAAGGCAAGGAGCGCCACAGUCACGGCAAGGAGUCCAAGCGAGACAAGGAUCGCCACAGCAAAGAGUCCUCUCACCGGAGAGACAGAGACAAAGACAAAGACAAAGACAGAGACAAAGACAGAGACAAACACAGAGACAAAGACAGAGAUAAAGACAGAGAAAGAGGGAGCAGCAAUGUAGAGCCACUGCCCCACAGACGCAACAGCAAAGACCGUACUUGUAGCGGUGUAGAUGCACCACCUGUUCGCAGGGACAGCAGGGACAGCAGGGACCAAGGCUGCAUCAGCAUAGAGCCGAUCUCAUUGAUAAGAAGAGACUCCAAGGACAGAGGCAUUAGUAAUGGUGACCUGAUGCCUAGGAGAGACAGCAAAGAUCGGAGCGCCGGACAUGGAAUGGAGUCUUUGUUGAGACAGGACAGCAAAGACAGAGAGAGACUGCUAGAUCAGCCACCUGAGCUGUUACCAAGACAAGACAGCAAGGAAAGGGCAAGAAACAGUGUAGACUUUAGACAGGAAAGCAGAGAGAGACUGCUGGAUCAGCCACCUGAGCUCUUACCACGACAGGAUAGCAAAGAGAGAGUCAGGAACGGUGUGGACUCAAAGCAUGAAAGCAGAGACAGGCCACCUGAGCUUCUACCCAGACAAGAAAGCAAAGACAGACCCAGAACUGGAGCAGAAAAGAAAGACCAUCGUCCUGAUUUGUUAGCCCAGCAGGAUGGCAAAGAGAGGGUAAGAAACGACAUGGAACAUAGACAUGAAGGUAGAAUAGACCAGCCACCUGAGAUCAUACCCCGACAAGAAACGUCCAGAAGCAGCAACAGCAAGGACAGGGUUGGCUACGGCUCGGAAUCCAAGCACGAGGGGAGAGAUCGGAGCUGCCACAACGGAGGAGAUCUUCCUCCUCCUCCCCUGCCCAGGCAGGACAGUAAAGAUCUGAGCCGAACUGGACUCGAAGUGAGACGUGACAGCAAGGACAGAAGCUUGAAUGGCUCAGAGCAGCAUCAUUAUGAUGUCAAGAGCACAAAGAGCCCUUCUGCAAUGGAGUAUAGGUGUGACAAUAAAGAACGAGGAUACCGAUCGGAUGGCACGCCCAGACGAGAUAAGACGAGAGUCAAUUACAGCAUGGACCAAUCAAAAGCACAAGAGAGGAAUGGCAGCACAGGGUUAGGGCAGCUUUCAUCCACAACGACACCUACUCACCACGGAAGAUCAUCGGGUAGCCCACCAAUGAACAUGGGAACAGGAAAUGAUGUGAAAGCAGCACCUAAGUAUAGCCGCUCACCUUCUAUGCCUGCUAACCCCUCCCCAAUGGGAACCCCACAAAGGAGAGCAGCAGAGACACAACAAAGUCAGAUGCCCCAGAUGCCGUGGAUCUGUGGAGACACCACCAUGCUGGAACAGAUCGAGAGGAAACGCACCCUCUGCAUGGAGAUCCGCUCCAGACAACAUCCACACCUACAGAGAUCUCUGGAGAGGCCUCCUCCUCCGGACAGGAACGAGGACAGGCACCAGGAGCGGAGUCAGUGCAAGCAAGAAAGUGCAUCUGUCCUCCCAGGCUGGGGGAAAAGCAGCGGGGGCAAAAAGAUCCGUCCUCCCCCUUAUCCUACACAGACAACUGUGUUCUGGGACACUGCCAUCUGACAGUAACGACACACUUACACCUCCCUGCCACACAACCCCCAAUUACCCGCUCCCUCUUUCCUCUGGGUUGUGCUGAUUCUUCCCUGCAACAUCAGGAGGCGUCAGGACAGCCAAUAAGAGCACCGGGAGAUGAUUCUCGCUGAUGUCAAAGGACAAUGGUGGUUACCAUAGCAAUAUUUCUGCUCGUUCAGGUUGUCAUGUUUUCUUAUCAUCACUGGUGAUAUUUGAUAUUUUUCUAUUUCCCGUGAUUGGAUUCUUGUAAUAUAAUUAGUAGCAUAGAUAUUUGAUGAAUAGAUAUUUUCUAAAUGAGAUGGGGAUUAAAAAACAGCUUAAAUGAUGUAUAGUAGAUGUAGAUGCAAUCUAAUGUUUGUUUUUAUGUUAUUUUUUUGUUUCGGUUCUUUUACAUUUGAAAGCAUAAUCUAUCAAUACUUGUACUGUAGUAGCAUAAUUUUCUUAUGCCCAACUCUUUUUUUGUGCUAAAAAGCACUAAAAUGAAUGGACUAUCCAAUUCUGUCUAUAUAUUACUUUACAUUUUCACUGUUGUAUUGUAAGUUGAGGAGUUAACGUCAACGUGCUUUAGAUUCCAGCGCCCUCCAUGCCUGGUCCAGUAUGUUCUAGAAUGUACAACAGUUAAUCCUAGAACACAAACAGGAAACUUCGUGUGCUUCAGUUUGUAUAUUACAGUAAGAAGCUGUGUAGUCACUACGUCAAAGCCUUUUGAAGCAGUUCAAUCGUUUUAUAGGAAAACCUGUUGGCUGGCAUAUUGUAGAGGACAGAGAAAGUGUGAAAUGUUUCUGCUGAAUUCUAAAAUACACUAUGAGGGUGGGUUGGGGAGGUAGUAAAUUAGAACAUACAUUAUUAACAGUAUAAUUUACAAAAACAGCCAAAGCCUGUUAAAGCGAGAUAUGGGUGUGGUUGCACUUUGGAGAGUUGUUUUUUUGAAAUGGGGUUGGUGGCAAUAGCUGGCAAGUACCAGCGCCCUUACUUUGCCAUGCACACUGCAAGCACCAUGACACAGUGUAAAUACUUUAUUCCAACGACCAGCCCGUACAAUCAACACCUGAGCUUUUAGAACAUUUCUUAAUUUUACUGCAGAUUAUAAUAGCCAUAUGCACUUGCUUAAGAAAUAACUUUCAAGAUUAUGCUUAUAUAUAUUUUUUUGAAAAUGUUAAAGGUAGCUCUGCCAUCUAAGUUUUAAUUUAUUGGCGGGGAGGUAAAGCCUCAGGAGGCUGGCUGUGUGCGACAUGCAGUCAUCGAUGAUUGGUUGUCUCUGACAAUAUUCCCAAUUCAAUUGGCUGGCAACCAUUUUAGAGAACAAAUCAUAUAAGGACCUAUAAUAUGGCAACAGCUCUACCCGGUCAAGCAGACAGGGGUUGCACACCGGCCUAUAAAUCUUUUAGGCUUUGUAAAAAAAAAUAAAAAAUAAAACCUGCACUACUCAUCAUAUUCUAUUACAUUUAAUCAGGCUGAUUGCAUACAUGUCCCUCUCCCCCCUGCUCUCUCCCUCUACCUCAAACUCCUACUUACAUCAUCUAAAUUGGUUCUCUUUAGCACAUUAAAAUGCAAUGUUGACAUUGCCAAAAUAGUAUGGGUUUGACAAAUGAGAUAGCCCUCCGAGUGGAGUGCAAGUGCAGUACCCCCCUCUCUGGUGAGAAUUAAUGCUACAGAGGUCCCUCUGUGUUGUACCUGUAUGUGUGUGUGAGGGAGAGAGCUGUGUGUGUUUUUGUGUGCCAAGCUACACUGUAUGCAAGUUGAAUCUUUAAAAAUGAUUGUUUUAAGACAUUCACUUUGCCCUAUCCAUGAUGUUGGUGGGUGGAGGUUGGAAAUGUAAUAAUGAUGAUGUACAAUCUUCUUGUGUGUAUAAACGUGCACUGUGAAAAGGUAGAGAGAGCACCGCACUGUCAGAGUCCUCUGUCUUAUUGCACUGAGUGUUCUCUUGUUUUGCGUAAUAAAAAAGAAAAGGAAAAAACAUGUUUGAGGAAAAAAGUACUGUAUUCUGAUUGUCACUUGGGUUCUGUUGAGAGAAAUAAAUAAAUAUGAACUUGAAACCCUCUAUGGAAAA